AUGGCAACCGCUCAGAAACUACCUUCCAAGUAUGUCAAGUUGGCGAAGACGCAGCUCGGUGAGGAUCCCAAGAACACAUCCGCACACAUUGAGUCCCUUCGACGCUGGCUGUCUUCAAUGCCACACCUCACGUGUCCAGACGAUGACGACUUUCUCCUCAUGUUUCUGCGACAAAGCAAAUUCAUUCAUGCCAAAGCACAGGCCAGGCUGGACAACUUUUGCACUCUCUCCACCAUAAAGUCCAUCGGCGAUGUCGUCUGGAGUAGUCCAGUUGACUUGAAGUCGAAGGAGCUCGACAACUACCUCAAUGCAGGUUUGCAUCUUCCUCUGGAUUACAUGGAAGACGGGAAAUCGUGCUUUUGGAUACGGCCAGGCGUCUGGGACCCCGAUGAACUUCCAAUAGGACGACUUUUCUACUACGCCUAUAAGGUCAUCUUUAUGAUGGCCUUAGAUGCGCGAACGAUAAUCGGUGGCUCUGUAGUCCUUUUGGACUUCACUGGCAGCACUUCAAGACAGAUCGUUAAGGAUCCGAAUGUGAUGAAAUUAUGGAGCAGAUUUUUACAGGCAAGAAAUGCGGAAGCGAUGCCUAUGAGGCCUUGCCACAUAAUUUUCUACAACGAAGGGAAACUGCUAGACACCAUGAAGAAUAUCAUGAUGUUCUACAUGAAGGAGAAAAUGAAAAGCCGGAUGGUGUGGUGCGGUUCAGAUACCGAGAAAAUCUUUGAGACUGAGCCUGGUUUGAGGGCUGUGCUGCCGCCAGAUAUAGGAGGUGACGGCAAGCCCCUUGAGGAUCUUAUUCAGGCAAACAAGAAGCGCUUCCGCGAAUUUUACGGUAAAGGCGAUGCAACAGAAGCAAUUAGAGUGGAUGAGUCGAAGAGGCCGCUAUCUGCUCGCGACUUCUUACAGGAAUACAAGGAUUACAAUGCAAACGUCAUGGGGAAGGGCGGUACAUACGUCAAAAUGGAUCAAGGAGAAAUAUAA